CGGGAGGGAGGCUUUGUGAUGGAACAACAAGCUUUCCCAACCUCCAUCACUUCUCCCGGAAGACUCAUACGAGAGUUUCCAAUUUGAAGCCGCUAUCUAUUCUAUAUCCAAGGGAUUUGCCUAUUUAUUGUCCAUGAGCUCCACCGGACUUUCGCCGGAUUUCGAGGAUCACAAGACAAGGGUUUGUUCUUGAGUUGAGCCGAUCAUCUGGUCAUCUGCACUGCGCCGGCGAGUCGCGACUGAGUUCACCACCGUCCCAUCGGUGCUUCUGUCGGCUCAACGACUGUGUUGCUUUGGCGUCAACUUUCAAGUGCCCCGAAAACCAGCAGAAAUGACUUCCACAGCAGCUCGCAACGAAGAUGUGCAAGACCCACCGGAUGAGACGCCAACACCGCAGCCCAACUCCGGUCCCGAGACGAAGGAUGCCGACACUCCAUCGAAGCAAGGGCUUCUCGGCCUGGUCCUCGCCGUCAUGACCUGGACGCCACGCAGGCUGAGGUAUGACCCCGGCGAUCCACCGGAAUUCGGCUACGGUCUGAACAUGUUGUAUGCCCUCGCCGCCACCAUCUCUGUCGCCAACUUGUAUUACAACCAGCCGGUACUGAACAGGAUUGCCGAGACAUUCGAUGUCAGCUUUGAACGUGCAUCCUCCGUCGCGACCCUGAUGCAGGCCGGUUAUGCCGCCGGCUUACUCUUCAUAUGUCCCCUGGGAGACAUGCUCCGGCGGAGGCCCUUCGUUUUGGGCUUGAUUUGGAUUACCUCAAUGCUGUGGCUAGGACUCUGUGUGACCGACUCAUUCGCUGCCUUCUCGGCACUUUCCUUCAUCUGCGGCGCCACCACCGUCACCCCUCAGCUCAUGCUCCCUCUCGUCGGCGACAUCGCGCCCCCGCGGCGCAAAGGAACCGCCCUGUCCAUCGUCGUGUCGGGUCUCAUGCUCGGCAUGCUCGUGGCCCGCCUGCUCUCCGGCAUCGUCGCCAGCUUCACCGACUGGCGGAACAUAUACUGGUUCUCGUUCGGCGCGCAGUGGCUCCUCGCCGCCCUGCUCUUCGUGUUCAUGCCCGACUACCCCUCUGCCAACCCGGACGGGCUCAACUACUUCCGCGCCCUGUGGACCAUCGUCACCAUCCUCGUCCAGGAACCCGUCCUCGUGCAGGCCUGCCUGAUCGUCUUCCUCUGCAGCGCCGUCUUCACAUCCUACUGGACCACCCUGAGUUUCCUGCUGUCGUCGCCGCCUUACGAGUACGGCUCGCUCGUCAUCGGGCUGUUCUCCCUCAUCGGCGUCGUCGGCAUCGUCGGCGGGCCUCUGUACGGGCGGUUCGUCGUCGACCGGUUCGUGUCCACGUUCGCGUCCCUCGUCGGGCAGGUCCUCACCCUGGUGGGCGUCGUCAUCGGUACGUGGACCGGCGAGACGACCGUCGCUGGGCCGAUCAUCCAGGCUGUCUUCGGAGACACCGGUAUUCAGAUGUCCCAGAUCGCCAACCGGGCCGCCAUCUACUCGAUCGAUGCCAAGGCGAGCAACCGCGUCAACACGGCGUAUAUGGUGUCAGCGUUUUGCGGGCAGCUCACCGGUACGGCUGUCGGCAACAGGUUGUACGCUGCAGGAGGGUGGACGUGGAGCGGGAGUGCUAGCAUUGGUUUCGUCGCAUUAUCCGUUGUUGUCGGCUUUGCGAGGGGACCUCGUGAACAGCGGUGGAUUGGAUGGAGAGGAGGUUGGCGAUUGAGACGAGAUGACGACGUCCAUGCGAAGCCGUCAACUUCUAUGCCCCAGGACCAAGACGAGACUAUCCACGGUCAGGAUGACAAGACGUUGGUCGCAUGAAGACCAGAAACUCAAACUUCGCGCUCGACUGGAUAAGUUUCGUGAGGGCCACAAAUCACAAAUCCCUAAAGACCAUGGAAGAGGUAUGAGCCGGAGCCUUGAAUUUCAGAUAGACUAUGAUAGACUAUUCGCGCAAGCACAUAGAAUAAUUGUUCGGCGCCUUGACCGAAUUGCAAGA